CAUUCACAACUGAAAAUGGGGCUCACCGGCUCAGCCUAUAUCCUUCAAUCAAUGUCGAUCGUGAAAUACAAAGACGGUGGUGGUUGAUGCUUCUACCUCUUCCACGAUAAAACACCAUUCUCUACAAUGGAGAAAAGUUGCAGCAUACAUCUUCCGAGGUUUCUUUAUCAAAACGUACCAGACACGGUUAACAUGUACAAUUGUUCUGCAUUACUCUCGAAAAAAACUUCAGUAACUUUAAUAAUUACAGUAAUUUAUUCGAAAAUAUUAUUUUUGACAUUUAGAUUAUAAAAUACAUUGAGGACUAACCUCAAGUCAAUGGUAGUUAGAGUCUUGAUACCAUUUAGUCAAUAAAGAGUACUUCUACCAUAGAAAAUUACCCUAAAAAUUAAUUAGAGAAGAAAAUUAAUACAAAGCAGCCAACUGCCCAAGUCCAUAGUGGCCAUUAUGAAUUUGUCAUGUUUCUGAUUUUUCCAAUUCAUCAUGAUUUCUAUUCAUGAAUUUGUAUAGUAGGGACAUACAAGAUUGCUAAAGCAUCAAAACUUCACACUUAGAAGAGUAGGGUUAUGAAAGCUAUCAUAUACUCAUUCCAAAUUUUGUUUGUAAUCUCUUCCAUUAAACUCGACUCAGCAAACCAACUGUUAUGCUUGUUCCAUCAACAAUAUCAUAUCUCAAGUCCUUACCUUUCAAUUUCCUUUGCUGAACUAUCUUGUUCAUCAUGACAAUCCUUCUUCAAUUUAUGAUAUCAGUUUUGAUAUUUCUUUUCGUGCCAGUUUUAUCCGAGGUUGACCAGUUCAUGUAUGCAGGAUUCAAGGAUGUUGAUCUUAACAAUUUAACAUUGAAUGGAAUUGCAGAGAUAGAGAAAAAUGGAAUAAUAAGAUUAACAAAUGAGACAAGCAAAUUAAUGGGUCAUGCUUUUUACUCUCAACCUUUUCAGCUGAAGAACUCAACAACCGGUACAGUUUUUUCCUUUUCUUCAUCUUUUGCUAUUGCUGUUGUUCCUGAAUAUCCUAAACUUGGUGGUCAUGGAAUGGCUUUCACAAUAGCACCUACAAAAGAUCUAAAAGCAUUACCUAUUCAGUAUCUUGGUCUUCUUAAUUCAAGUAAUGUUGGUAAUUUCUCUAACCAUCUUUUUGCUGUUGAAUUUGACACUGUUCAAGACUUUGAGUUUGGUGAUAUUAAUGAUAACCAUGUUGGAAUAGAUAUCAAUAGUUUGCAUUCAAAUGCAUCCAUUAUUGCUGGCUAUUACACUGAUGAUUCAACCAAACAAGAUCUUAAUAUCAAAAGUGGAAAACCAAUUAUAGUUUGGGUUGAUUAUGAUUCUUCAAUGAAUCUUAUUAGUGUUACACUUUCUCCAACUAGUACUAAACCCAAAAAACCAAUUUUGUCCUUUCAUAUGGAUCUAUCACCUAUUUUUCAUGAUACUAUGUAUGUUGGAUUCUCUGCUUCAACGGGUUUACUUGCUAGCUCUCAUUAUUUAUUGGGUUGGUGCUUUAAAAUCAAUGGACCUGCACCAUCACUUGAUUUGUUGUCACUGCCACAACUUCCACAGCCAAAAAAGAAACAAACUUCUCUGAUAACUGGUGUUUCAGUUAUAGCUGUGGUUAUUGCAUUGUGUUCUAUAGCAUUUGGUAUUUACAUUUUCAGAAAAAUUAAAAAUGCUGAUGUAAUAGAAGCAUGGGAGCUUGAAAUUGGACCACAUAGAUACUCCUAUCAAGAACUCAAGAAAGCUACAAAAGGUUUUAAGGAGAAAGAGUUACUUGGGCAGGGUGGUUUCGGAAGAGUUUACAAAGGGACAAUACCUAAAUCAAAGAUCCAAGUAGCUGUUAAGAGAGUUUCACAUGAAUCAAAACAAGGGCUGAAGGAAUUUGUGUCUGAAAUUGCCAGCAUAGGCCAGCUUCGCCACCGGAAUUUGGUUCAGUUACUCGGGUGGUGUCGCCGCAGAGGCGACCUUUUACUUGUGUAUGACUUCAUGGCUAAUGGAAGCUUAGACAAGUACUUGUUUGAAGAUUCAGAAAUUGUGCUAAGUUGGGAACAAAGGUUUAAGAUAAUAAAGGGUGUUGCUUCGGGUCUUUUGUAUCUACAUGAAGGGUAUGAACAAGUGGUAAUACAUAGAGAUGUUAAAGCAAGCAAUGUGCUUUUAGAUUUUGAGCUCAAUGGAAGAUUAGGUGAUUUUGGUUUGGCAAGGUUGUACGAACAUGGUGCUAAUCCCGGCACCACAAGAGUUGUGGGAACCUUAGGCUAUUUAGCGCCGGAGUUUCCUAGAACAGGAAAGGCAUCUACAAGCUCUGACGUUUUUGCAUUCGGUGCGCUUCUGCUGGAGGUUGCUUGCGGAAGAAGGCCUAUUGAACCUAAGCUAUUACACGAAGAAUUGGUAUUGGUGGAAUGGGUGUGGGAAAAAUACAAAGAAGGAAGAAUGCUUGAAGUAGUGGAUCCAAAAUUGAAUGGUAAGUUUGAUGAAAAUGAAGUAAUGAUGGUGUUGAAAUUGGGGAUGAUAUGCUCUAAUGAUGUGCCAACUAUAAGGCCUAGCAUGAGACAAGUGUUGAGGAUUUUGGAUGGAGAAGUUGAGUUGCCAAAUGAAUUGAGAAAGCCAGGAGGUAUUGAUUUACAAGAAGGGUUUGGUGAAUUUUUGCACUCUCUUGGAUCUUCUUCAUUUGAUAAGACGAAUUCUAGUUCCUAUCUUGGAAAUAGAGACAUUAAUAUUAGUUCAAUCUCUUUUGCUAAUUCACCUUAGUCACUUCCCAAUGCUAGAGUAGAAAGGUGACCUCUAAUUUAUAUUGAUAUGAGAAGUGGGAUUCCUUUAUUUGACUCACUCAUGAAAUAUGUGUUGUUUAACAUGCCACUAGUAAAAUAUUUGUGCAUGUGGAUAUUGAUUAUCAUAUUCAGAUGAUAAAGUAGCAAAAUAUUUAGAAAUUUGUAUAAAACUUUAUUAAAUUAUAAGUUAAUCUUGUAAUUAUUUCCUUUGAAAUCUUAUGAAAAAUAUUCAUACUUAUAUGUUCUCCUUAUUCAUAAACUUUAGUAGUGCAUUGUGACACCAACCAUUUCAUGGGGUCGGCUGUAGAAGAUGGGAAAAACUUAUCUCAGUUUUCUUAAAAAAUUACCCCGUUUGGGUAACUUUCGAUUGGCCUGUGGAUGGUGGCCAUUUCUGAUUGGCCUUUGCAAAGACGUUUUCCCAGCGAAUCAGUUGUGUUGCUCUCGUCUAUAAAUAUUGCCCUUCAUUCUUACUUUUCAUCAUUCAAACCCCUCUUCUCUUAGAAGGUUUUUCUAUAACCUUUGUGGUUGUGAACAUGAGUUUUAUUGUUGUGGAUCCGAAGAUAACCACACCAAUAAUCCUUUAGUGUUUAGAGCAAACAAAUAAGCAACCAAAUCAAAAUGAAUGAGCAAUUAAACACAAAAGCUAAAACAAGUAAAAGCGAUAAAUAACAUGAUGAAAUUUGUUUACCCAGUUCGGUUAAAACCAACUUACUCUUGGGGAGAGAGACUCUCCGUUCCAUUACCAAACUUCCUUCUUGAUUACAAUGAGAUUCAAUACAAAAGAGUUGCAUGAAAUAGAUUUUCCCUAUUUCUACUCUUUUUCCCAAAUCUCUUCCCGUGACCAAGAGAUUUCAAUGAUAAGUUAUUACAAGGUGUUAUAAUCACAUCCCCAACUCUAGAAUAUACUCAAAAGAAACCCCCUGUGACUCUAGAUUGAUGUUGGUUGGAUGAAGAACCCUAGCCAAACCCUUUCUUUCUCUCUCUUGUGCUCUCUCUCGGCGGCAACAAAUGAAGCAGCAACAAUAUAUACUCCCGACCGCGCAAUGUGCAGCCCAACCGGCGCCUUGCGCCAAGAGCAGAUCCAAAAAU